UCCGUCUUUUUGAGACGGGUUUUCUCUGUGUUGUCUCUGCUGUUGUGGAACUCGCUCUGUAGAGCAGGAUGGCUUAGGACUUAGAUAUCUGCCUGCCUCUGCCUCCCUUAAUCACUCUGCUGGGAUUAAAGAUGUAUGCCACCACCCCCAGCUUCGAGUAGUUCAUUUUUGAAGAUUUCUUGAAAAUGAUUUCAACUUUAGUAAUUUUUUUUUUUUAUUCCGAAAUAGGGUUUCUCUGUGUAGCUCUGGCCAUCCUGGAACUCCCUCUGUAGAUGAGGUUGGCCUUGAACUCAGAGAUCUAUGGAGUGUUGGGAUUAAAGUCAUGCAUUACCAUUGCCCAGGAGGAAGUGAUUUUUUUUUCAUUUCAAAUUCCAAUUAUUCUUAUACAUUAUUGGCAAUGUGCAGGAAAUACCUUGACUUUUGUCUCUUGUCCAUCUACAUAGUUUCUUUUUCUUUUUCAAGAUUUAUUUAUUUAUUAUGUAUACAGCAUGUAUGACCAGAAGAGGGCACCAGGUCUCAUUACAGAUAGUUGUGAGCCACCAUGUGGUUGCUGGGAAUUGAACUCAGGACCUUCUGGAAGAUUAGUCAGUGCUCUUAACCUCUGAGCCAUCUCUCCAGCCCUCUACAUAGUUUCUUGUUAUAUCCUUGUCACAAGAUCCAAAAUGGUGGUUCUAUUUCAACAUGAAUUUUGAAAAUUACUGUAUGGUAUAACCAGAAUGCUGAAUUUGACAAUUCACUGCUGAUGUUGAAAGUGGUUCAUAGUCUUUGGGGAACGGUAAGCAUUCAACUUCCUGUGGUGCUCUGGACAGCCGACAGAAGGUAUUGUAACAGAGCCCCAGACCUUAGUAGGCUCUAAGACCAUAGCACAACUGACUCCAUGAUGGAAGUACCAUUCAGGCUGUAUAACUCAGCACCUAGACAAUACCACCUGCCAAAACUACAGCAAAGGCCUAAUCUAUCAAAGCCCAUAAUUAUGAGAAAGUCUUUAAAUGUACUAACCUUGCUUUUUGGCUUCUAUAGUUCUCCUGGGUAACUCUUCUUGAUAACUAAAGUAUGUCAACCCAGGACGUGGUUUUUGUGCUUAAAAGCUCACCCUGAGAAAGGCUUGGGGUUUCACUGGGAUCCCGAACACACAGGGUAGUCGCCAGCCGGCUAAUAAAGACUUUCUAUUGGUUUAAAUCCAUAGAAAGCAGUCUUCCCUGGUGAAUACCCCACAACAGGUAUCAUAACGAUUUUCUGACUCAGUGUCUCCCACAGAGAUAUUUGCUUUGCCUCUAGAAUGAAUACACUGGAGCUUCCUUCUCACAUUCUAUACUGCUUUGGGACACCUGCGGUUCGACUGAGAGAAAGGUGAAGGAAUUUCAUAUCACCGUUAUGAGGUUGAUGUCUGGACUGGUCUCAGCUGGGAAAUUGCUGUCUUUUGCUGCCUUCAGUGACAAAUGAGGUUUGAGUCAUCAGUGCUUUGAGGCUGUCUCAUUCUGGGUGUUCCGUCUCACAUUCAGGGGUUCCUGCAGAGUCUCCUCAAGGCUCUAUUUUCAUCAAGCUGCCACCAAGGUUCUUCACAACACAAUUGUGUCUAGUAGCUAAUUGUAUAGUGUUUUGAGUGGAGACUCUAGGACCAAGCCAUGAAUAUCCUCUCACUCUCAUGACUCUACACUAGUCUCCUUUUCUCAACUGUAUCUCCAAUGUCAUCUGUGUGUUUCCGAGGGCAAAACCAUGAACAAGCAACUUACAAACAUCAUGAAUGAAUAUGUGGAUUUGGUGUCAUUUGAGGAUGUCACUGUGAACUUCACCUGGGAGGAGUGGCAGAAUCUUGAUGAUACUCAGAGGGUGCUGUACAGGAAUGUGAUGCUGGAGACAUACAGCAGCCUGGUGUCCCUGGGACAAUGUAUUCCUAAGCCUGAGUUGAUCUUCAAAUUGGAACAGGGAGCAGAGCCAUGGACAGCAGAGGAAACUGCAAACCAGAGUCUGACAGGCUUCUACAAUGUGGAUGGCAACCUCACUGAACACCAAGAAACAUACUCAGGGAGCAAAUCUUGUAAAUGCCUUGAAAGUAAAAAAACCUUUACUAGCCAAUCAGACCUUACAGUUCAUCUGGGGACACAAAACCAGAGGAAAGCCCAUGUAUGUAUCCAGUGUGAGAAACUCUUUAGCACUAAAUCUUCCCUUACUAGUCAUCAGAGAAUUCACACAGGAGAAAAGCCCUAUGGUUGUAGUAAAUGUGAUAAAACCUUCAGGCAAAAGUCAGCCCUCAUUGUACAUGAGAGAACUCAUACUGGUGAGAAACCCUUUGAAUGUUACGAAUGUGGUAAAGCCUUCCAACAUAACUGGUAUCUCAAACUGCAUCAGAGAACUCACACAGGUGAGAAACCAUAUGAAUGUAAAGAAUGUGGAAGAGCAUUUCUAAAGAAGUCAUACCUCAAAAUGCAUCAGGGAACUCACAAGAGUGAUAAACCAUAUGAAUGUGAAGAAUGUGGAAAAACCUUCCAUAACAGGUCUUACUUCAACACGCACCAUAGAACUCACACUGGUGAGAAACCCUAUGCAUGCAAUGAGUGUGGGAAAGCCUUUUACCAAAAGUCAGACCUCAGGAGGCAUCAGAGAAUUCACAACAGUGAGAAAUUACAUGAAUGUAAAGAGUGUGGAAAAGCCUUUCAAAAUAAGUCAUACCUUAAAACUCAUCAGAAAGUUCACACAGGUGAGAAACCAUAUGAAUGUAAAGAGUGUGGAAAAGCCUUUCAAAACAAGUCAUAUCUCAACAAACAUCAGAUAAUUCAUACAGGUGAGAAACCCUAUGAAUGUAAUAAGUGUGGGAAAACAUUUCAGUGGAAGUUAGUCCUUAGUAAGCAUUAUAGAAUUCACACAGGUGAAAAGCUCUAUGAAUGCAUUCAGUGUGGGAAAAUGUUUGGCUACAAAUCAUCUCUCAUGGUACAUGAGUUGAUUCAUUAUGGGGAGAAACCCUAUGAAUGCAAUAUAUGUAGAAAAACGUUUUCACAGAAAUCAAACCUAAGUAGGCAUCAGAGAACUCACAGACAUGGGGAAGUAUGAUGAUGAUGGGUAUAUAAAGACAUUUAAGCCUCAGAAUGCUUCAAAUACUCCAACCAAGAAUUCCCUUGAGUAUGUGUAGUAUAGGUGUUCUUUCUGUAAAACAACUCUCAGUUAACAUGAGAGAACCCUCACAGGGUUGAGAAACAUUAGGAACAUAUUGAAUGUGAAGGAAAGUUUCAGGAGAACUUGCCCUUAAAAUGAUAUGAGAAAACUCACACAAGAGGAAAUUUUUAUAAAUGUAAUACAUAUGGGAAAAUGUCCCACACUACAGGUCUAAACUUGGAAUGCAUCUAAGUAUUUACAUAGGAGGAAACAUGAAUGUAAAAGAAUAUAGAUGUUUUAAACAUGUUUUAAAUAUAUCUAACUCAUAUUGGAGAAAACCUCAAUGAAAGUCAUGAAUGUGGAAAAUACUUUUUAUAACUGGAAAAAAUCUAUGAAUAGAAUUAAAGUUGAAAAUCAUUUUGGCAUCAUUCAUGCCUUAAUAUGCAUGAGAAAGUCUGCACUGGCAAAAGACUCUUCAAGAAAUGUAAUCAUUAGAAAA